AUGGGAAAUCUCUGGGACCAACAGUAUGGUUUUGGUCAGGUGAUUGUAUUUUUUGGUUUCGUAUGCGUAAACCAACAAUCAGAAUUGUCGACUAUACCAAUUCAAUUAGAACCGGCCAAUCUCUCUCUCUCGAGAAGAACACACGCAAAAUCUACCCUCCAUAGUCGACGAAUCAAUCCCUAUUUCGGUUCCGAUUCUUCCUUCGAGAAGUAUUUCGACCACCAUGGAUUAAGCAGCCUCUUCAACUCGCUUUGCUUCAGAUUUUAUCUCGAAUUUCUGGUGAAGAAGUUAAUAGAGCUAGAGGAAAGCCAUGAGCAUCUAAAGCAGGAGAUGUCUAGGCUUAAGGUAUGCACGGAGCUUAGGCAACAAUGGCACUCGGCUUCACCGGCGAUGAGAAACAUCGGCGCUGCCUCGUAUCCAGAAUUCGAUGGAGUAGCUGGAGGUAGACGAUCGGCUGGGAAGUUCACGAAUAAACAGUAUUUGAACAUUUUGCAGUCCGUGGCGGAAUCUGUUCAUACCCUUUGA